AUGCGUUGCAAGAACCUGCUUAGUCGGCUUCCGACUCCCAAGAUCAAAUGGUAUUCCUUUCCUGCUCGAAAAGUCAACGUCAGCCAAGAGGAGCAAACUCCAAAGCCCAAGAUGGCGGACCUCACAACCACCUUCGCAGUGUAUAUGGCCUUGCUAAAGAUGCGUCUGAAAGACGCCGCUCGUCGCAGGCGUGAAGAGGACUACCUGGUAGAGGUUGGAACAGAAGUGCCACAAUUUCAAUAUCAGGGAACACAGACGGAGGCCGGUGUACAAGCAGAAGGCCACACCAGUGGCAGCGCUUCCGAGGCCGCCGUACUCGAGGCCAACGAAGAUUCUCCGCCCGGAGCGAAUGGAGACAUCCAAGAUGACGGAGAGACAAGCACAGAAGAAUCAUCUUAUGCCUACGUGGAGCUCGACGAAAUAACCGGAGAAGACUUCACCGCCGGCCCGGCAAGGUUCAUUCCAGCUUCGGAUGGCCUAAAGGAAUGCAUCGGCCUAGCAGUGACAGCAGACCUGCUAAGCAAAAUCUUAGACGCUGCUGAAGCGCAAAGAUCGUUCGCGCGGGAGAGUUCACUAGCAGUCCGCAAGCAAGGAGCAUUGAUGAACUUGCAAGCCGAUGUCGAUAUGGAAAUAUCCGGCCACGAGCUUCGGAUCAUGCAAGCGAAGGAGGAACCCGGCGAGGAUGAUACUCCGACCGCGAGUCUGGAGAAGGAGCUCGAGAACCUGCGUCUCUUUCGCGAACAUGUUGAUGAUCGUCGGCGAUCUGCCGAAGAGCUAUUAAGAUCGCAGGCCAACAACCUAAUCGAGCUCCAUAGCAUGGUCGGUGCAAUUCUGGAAGAGGCUUGUGAGGCAGCCAAAGUGCUUGAGCCGAUGGAAGAAGACCCGAUCGCCGAGGUGGAAGCGCUAGAUCUGCAGACAGAGUACCGCGAUUUCGUGAGGCAACGGCAGAACCCGUCCUGGGAGGAAGGAGACGAGGACAAUGAGACCGUCGCGGAACUACAGGCGACCCGCGAUGAGGACCUUGCGCCAGAACCGCAAGAAUUGACGGAAGAGGAGCAAGCAUACCAAGAUGGUAAGGACCAUUACUUCGAAGCACGCGAACGCCUGGAACAUGCCAACGAGCGCUUUGAUCGGAGGGAGAUGGACAGAGAGCUAGAAAGAGGCGAGACCGAGGAGAGUGAUUCCGACUUCGACCUCCGCUGGGUGCAACGUAACCGCGAACUGACGACAGAAGUCAUCGAAGCAGAGGUGGCCUAUGCAGAGGCCAAGGUUGCUGCUUUCAGAGUCGGCGUGGAGCUCAGGCUGGAUGACCAGUCUUCCGGCUUCGGUGAUGAGGAUGACAAUGGCUAUCGGGAAAGCUAUGAAGCUGCCUGCAAAGCAAGUGUAGACCAAUCGAAGAUAACAUCGUGGCUGCAGACAACAUCUGACGACAUAGGUCUCGAGGAUGAUGUGGGCAGUCCUGUUGAGGCAGAUGAUUGGGAGGCCGCUGAGGUCGCAAUUGGUGACAGUGGCAGUUGCAUCAUGCAAGGAUCUCGGCGGAGGCGGAUAGAUCAAUGGAAGGAACAGCAGCAGGUCUGUAGAACAGAGGUAGCUGGGAGUUGA